AUGGAAUCUUUCACAAUUCGGACGCCGUGCUCGUCGGCCAACAUUGGACCCGGUUUCGAUGUCAUCGGCCUGGCCCUGUCUAUCUAUCUUGAGCUGCGCGUCACCAUCGAUCGCACCAAAUCUUCGUCUCAAGAGCCUCUUAACUGUCGUAUCACGUAUGAAGGUCAAGGCGAAGAUUCAGAUGAUGUACCACUAGAUCCGUCUGCAAACCUAAUCACUCGGGUUGCGCUGUAUGUUCUGCGGUGCCAUGACCAACGAGCAUUCCCUGUUGAGACUCACGUGCACAUCGUUAACCCCAUCCCAUUGGGCCGUGGUCUUGGCUCCUCUGGUGCCGCCGUUGUUGCCGGCGUAAUGCUGGGCAAGGAAGUUGGAGGCCUGCAUCAUCUAACCAAUGAUCGGCUUUUUGACUUCUGUCUCAUGAUUGAGCGUCAUCCUGACAACGUGGGCGCUGCUUUGUUUGGCGGAUUUGUGGGGACGUACCUAAAACCGUUGACGCCCGAGGAUGUUGCGCGUGUCGAGAUCCCACUUAGUGAAGUACUUCCUGCACCAGCGGGUGGUCUUGACACGGGUGAGCGACCGCCUGAACCACCGCACGGUAUUGGCCAUCAUAUCAAGUUCCCCUGGUCCAAAGAGAUCAAGGCUGUCGCCAUUGUGCCCAAUUUCCAGGUCCCUACAGCCAAGGCACGAGAGGUACUUCCGAAAGAGUACCCACGACAGGAUGUUACCUUCAACCUGCAGCGAAUAGCGUUGCUACCUGUUGCGUUAGGACAAUCGCCUCCGGACCCGGAUCUCAUCUAUCUUGCCAUGCAAGACAAGUUGCACCAGCAGUACAGACAGACAUUGAUCCCCGGCUUAGGUGAGAUCGUCGAGUCCAUGUCACCAAGCACUCAGGAGGGGUUGUUAGGAGUUUGCUUAUCGGGCGCCGGACCUACAAUCCUAGCGUUAGCUACUAGCAACUUCGAGCAGAUCGCCGAGAAGAUUAUAAGCAGGUUUGCGAAGGAAAACAUUGACUGCCAAUGGCUAAUCCUGGAGCCAGCCGAGGGUACUAAGGUUAUCCGCGCAUGA